AGCUCUGGUAGCAUCUUCAGCACUGCAGCUAAAGAGGACGCUACAGUAAAGACAAAGACCAGCCAUCUUCCCUCCAGUGCAGAGCACAGGACGACCAAAAACACUUCCACCGCAUCCAUCCACAUUCAGAAUUUUUCCAUGUCAAAGUCGGCCCAGAUGCCACUGUCCAACAUCACAGUGCCAAAGCCCUCCAUCUCCAGGGUGCCCAGCAGUAUGGAGGGCAUCAAUCAUGAGUUGGAGAAGGUCUUCAUCAAAGACAACGGAGAGAAGGAGGAACUGAAGUCUUUGGAGGUUCCUGAUGGGAGGCGGGCACCCUUCCCUCCCCAGCAGCGCAGCAGCAGCACCCGGAGCAUUGACACCCAGACUCCGUCAGCCCCUGGAUGGUCCAGCAGUUGCUCCAGUCUGUCACCCUGCCCAUCGCCAUCCUGCCCGCCAGGAUCCCACGACGGCAGCCCUUACUCCACAGAGGACCUGCUGUAUGACCGCGAUAAAGACACUAGAAGCAGCUCUCCGCUGCCGAAGUUCGCCUCUUCACCCAAACCCAACAACAGCUACAUGUUCAAGCGGGAGCCCCCAGAGGGCUGUGAGAAGAUUAAAGCCUUUGAGGAGACGAGCUCAAGGCAGUCCACAGCAGCAUCAGUCCCACUCUUCUCUUGUCCUGACAAAAACAAGGUUAACUUCAUUCCAACUGGGUCCGCGUUCUGCCCCGUCAAACUCCCUGGCUCUCUGCACCUCACGCCGGCCUUAGAGCCUGAGGAGGAGGAGGAGGAGGAGCACAGUGAGGCUGACCUCAGCUCCGAGUCCCAAGGGGCGACAUCCCUGUACGGCACCCCCAGUCAGGUCUCCACGAGCACAAACACAGACGAGCCCCUGGAGGAGCCCGGCUCGCCCACAGAGACUGCAGCCCCCCUGUCAGACAGCACGGCCGUCAGCUAGACUCGCGCAGAGCUGGCCUCUGCCCCGGGAUUUACUCUAGCGUGCACCAAGUACUACUAACGACUGUUCCUCUGUUCUGCCAGGCGAGCCUCCGUCUGUCUGUGCUGACCCACUUAAGCCCUCUGUCUCUGCAUGACGUAGCACCAGUGUCCAGAAUAACCACAGCGCCACCUUUCUCUUCUGUCCUGCAUAUCGUCACGCUGUUAGCAGGGAACGUCAGAUUUAGCAUUCACAGGUAUCGAAGGGAACCGUGGAGCGCUUCACAUGGAAGGGCAUGUGUUUGAAACCUGUAGUAUAUUUCUGAUUAAAUUAUGUGUUGUGUUAUAGUUCAACAGUUACAGUAUAAAUAAGCUCUAUACACAUUUAUGACUAAAUACACAUAUAUCUCUAUCAGACAAAGGAAUUAAUUAUGUUUAAAAUUCAAACCCGUUACACACCCAACAGGAAAAGCCUCUGUAACGUGCAAGAUUCUGUUUACACUGUCCAGGUCACAUUGAUAAACUGUUUCCAAAAACGCAAUGAGGACUAAUCUGGGUAAAGAACAGGAAGUAAAACAGGGGUCACAGUUUGUUGCAAAGCAUCUGCACCCGGCCUCAUUUCAGGUAUUUCAGUCAGUGUCGAUACUCAGGUAAUUAGGAGUGAAUGUUCAUACAAACAUGUUCACCCUAAUUCAUGUCUUACUGUCAUUCCCACGUCUCAAAUCAUUCCUUUGCACUGCGUGGACCUGCAGAGUGUUCGUCUGCUGGUAACCUUAAUUGAUCAUUUUGACCAUCUAGACACACACACACGCCUGCUUGCUGUGUGCUGACUGAAGCACACUGGAAAUACAUGUGGAUGUGCACUAAUUAUCAGCUGUUGAGUAAAUUAUGAAGGCCCAUCACGUCACAGCCUGCAGGAAAAAAAAGUGCUUUUGUGUCUUAUUGGCACAGAUUGGACGGGUAC